UAGUUAAACAUUCUACGUUGUGCUUUACAGACAUGCUGAAUAUUUUUAAGAGAUAGAGGUUAACGUUUCAGAACGCUGUUUUGUUUUUUUAAAGAAGAACGUCAUAAAGUUUUGUUAAUUUUGCAACGCGUAAGUUAGCAACGCAGCUAGCCGCUAGGUUCCAUGUUUUGCGGGGUUGUCAGUGGUUAUACAGGAAACUGCUGCGAAGACUGCUCUGACAUUACUAGACCUGUUGGGGAUCUUGUCUGUUCCACUCCGCGGUCUAUACUACGUUCAGCGAUCACCUUCCUCAUCAGCAACACUCACAUAACGUAAUGCUAGUGACAGGCUGCUGUAACGUUAAGUUAACGCUGUUCCUUUUUGUUAGAUUACAUCAUUGACAGCAAUUAGCCGACAAGCUUUUGUGAUCAGCUCUAAUGGAGACAGCGGGAGUUUGUGAGAUUGAUGUGGCCACCAGAAGAAUAGUGGGAGGCAGCGAUUCUCCACCCGACCUGGACAGCCCAAGUCAGGAGGAGGUUGCAGAGUUUGGUUUGGGGCUGUGCGCUGAGGAGGAGAGGGGGGAAACUCCAGGCAGAGAGGACAGUCCCAGCGACCUGGGAGAGGCAGAGCUCGAUCCCGGAGGAGACUCCAAAUCUGGAGAGGACAAGGCUUUCGGGAAAGAAGUGGUUCUUUUAAUGCAGGCCCUGAACUCCCUAGCCACUCCUGAGGAGAAGCUGGCCGCUCUGUGCAAGAAAUAUGCAGACCUGUUGGAGGAGAGUCGCUGCAUGCAGAAGCGGCUGAAGGCUCUGCAGAAGAAGCAGUCUCAGAUCGUAAAGGAGAAGCUCCACCUGCAGGGGGAGCACAGCAAGGCCAUCCUGGCCCGCAGCAAGCUGGAGAGCCUCUGUAGGGAGCUGCAGAGACACAACAAGACACUGAAGGAGGAGAACGCUCAGCGCUCUAGGGAGUACGAGGAGCAGCGGAAGGAGGCCAUGCUGCACUUCCAGAUGACCUUGAGCGACAUCGAGGUGCAGAUGGAGCAGCACAGCUCCCACAACACCAAGCUGAGGCAGGAGAACAUGGAGCUGGCCGAGAAGCUCAAGAAGCUCAUUGAGCAGUACGAGCUCCGAGAGGAGCACAUAGACAAGGUGUUCAAGCACAAGGAGCUGCAGCAGCAGCUGAUGGAUGCCAAGCUGCAGAGGAUCACUGACAUGAUGAGAGAAGUGGAGGAGAAGCAGCAGAGAGAAAGAGACUUUCUGCUGAAGGACGCCACGGAGUCCAGGCGCAAGUGUGAGCUGAUGAAGGAGCAAGAAACGCAGCUCAAACAGCAGCUCUCCCUCUACAUGGACAAGUUUGAGGAGUUUCAGAGCACUCUGGCUAAAAGCAACGAGGUCUUCACCACUUUCAGACAAGAGAUGGAGAAGAUGACCAAGAAGAUCAAAAAGCUGGAGAAAGAGACGACACAGUGGAGGACCAAAUGGGAGAGUAACAACCAGGCCCUGCUGCAGAUGGCUGAGGAGAAAACUCUGCGUGACGGACACUUCAAGGCCCUGCAGGGGAAGCUGGAGCUGCUGGAGAGGCUGUGCAGAGCCCUGCAGAAGGAGAGGAACGACCUCAACAACCGGCUCAGUCUCCUCCAGGAGCAGGGUGACAAAGAGACCACGGCACCUCCCUCAGCCCAGCCGCGGGAGCCCUCAGCCGGGGAGGAAGACGAGGAAGAGGACGAGGAGGAUGGGGAGGGGGAAGGCGAAGUCGAGGAGGGCAGAGAGUCAGAGGGCAUCCACCAAGCUCCCAGACCACCCGAACUGGACCCCACGCAGGCUGCUACUGAUGAAACCACUACUGCUACAACGACAAGCAGCCAGCCUGCAGAAACAGCAGCCACACCGCAGGACUGAACUGAGUGUGUGUAGGUGAGAGGGGGGUGGUAGGAGGGCUUCACACACCUCCAGCCUGCUCCCAUAACUAGCCAGAAAAACAUCUUUAAUGGAGAUAAAUGUCUUUUUUAAUUCUAGACUUGCCUCUCCAGCUCUCUGAACCCAUAUCUUUUUGAGCGAUAGUUUAAGAAUAAAAUGAUUGUAUCAAGGAUUGGAUUCUAAAACGUUACCCACGUUUCCAUUGCUUGUAAGAAUUGGCUAUGUGGCGAGCACUUUGUACUCCCUGUUUUCUACCAUAACUGUAUUUUCUUAGGGAAUGUCCAUGCAGUCAAAUUGAGGCCGUUCAUAGUCCUCACAAGGUCUGUCCCUAGUCAUAUGUCUGAUUGCAAAUUCUGGUUUUAUUAAUGUAGCCUCACAGUCACAUUGUGAUCUGACAAGCAUGAAGAAGAAAAGGGGCUACUGUAGAACAAAAGCGUCUGUAUUGGCCACAGGGUAUUAAAUAUCUAUUUUUUGAUCACAUCAAUCACACGUGGAUACAUUUAUUUUCUCUGUGUGCAAAAUGAAAUGUCAAAUAGGAGUAGAGGUUUGAAGCGUGGUAACUUACUGUGGGGCAGUUGGUAGCUAACUUACAGCAUGCUAACAAUAGCCAGCCACAGUAGCCCACCAAGCCGGAUGCUUUACUAAUUGUCAGUAAGCUAGCCAGUAGGGCUGUCACUGUUUAUCUAAAAAACAUAUAAUCCAUCCUUCUGUAAUCUGAAUUCAUUCCUCCAUAGAGUGAAUUUAUAAUAGCUGCGUCCAUGUAUAACUGACAUGCACGUUCAUCCACAUGUUUAUGUAUUCACACAGACACUCAACCUCCAUGCCAAAUCUCCUCCAAGAGUGAAAACUGUGGCUGCCAAAGGGUGACAAGCAGGGCUUAGCUGUCCAUUCUGAUUCAAACCAAACUGAUGAGAAAAAUGCAACUUAGCUUGUCAGUCAAGUAAGGAAGCAGAGGGUCCUCGUUUAAAUUAACAAAUUCAAUUUUAGUUUCCCUCUUACUUGAGCCCGACUAGUUAGCUUGGUUGCUAAUUAGACAAAAGGUUAACAGUUUACUCUAGACAUAUUUAUACCACCAACUUUUAUCGUCUGGCAGAGCAGGGUUAUAUAGAAAAGUUAGCUGCGACAUAUUAUAAUUAUUUUAAACUGUAGUUCUCUGUUCCCUCAAAGGCGGUGCAAAUUUACAAAACAAAGUUCAAGUUGAACUCUUUAAAAAAAAAAAAAAAA